GUUUCCUCCCAACAUGGCGGCCGGGACAGGUCGGCGGUGAUGGAGGCCAGUUCGCGGCCGCGGCGGGUGCUAAUCCCCACAGUAGCCAGGGUAGCCCUCCUCUCGCGGUGCCUGUGAGAGCCGCCGCCACCUAGUCCCUCAGUUCCCGGCAGACAGCCGCCCAGGCCGGGCUCCCUUACUGCCGCCAGGGCCGGAGGGACGAGUGAGAGGGGCGGCCGGGACGCGACCCCCGGGCCGGGAGAAGCUGAGGCCCGACGGGCGCGGCCCUCGACGUACGGCUUCUCGGGCGCGGUGAGGACCUCGACGCCCCUCGCCGGCACCGCGGCUGGUCCCGCUCGCCCGCCCUUUCCUGAUCCUGCCGCUGCCCUCCACGCCUCCACUCCCCCACCUCCACCCCCUCUCCUUUCUCUCUUCUCUUCCUUCUUUUCCUCCUCCUCCUCUCCAGCCGCUGGGAGCCGCGGGUCGGACGAGCCGCCGCCUCCUUCUCUGCGUCCAUGUAUGAGGGGAAGAAGACGAAGAACAUGUUCCUGACCCGGGCCCUGGAGAAGAUACUGGCCGACAAGGAAGUGAAGAAGGCGCAUCACUCCCAGCUGCGCAAAGCUUGCGAGGUGGCGUUAGAGGAAAUAAAAGCAGAAACUGAAAAACAGAGUCCUCCUCAUGGAGAAGCAAAAGCUGGAUCAAGCACCCUUCCACCAGUGAAAUCAAAGACAAAUUUUAUUGAAGCAGACAAGUACUUCUUGCCUUUUGAGUUGGCAUGCCAGUCCAAAUGUCCCCGCAUAGUUAGUACAUCUCUAGAUUGCUUACAGAAACUUAUUGCUUAUGGGCACUUGACUGGCAAUGCUCCAGAUAGUACAACACCAGGCAAAAAAUUAAUUGAUAGAAUUAUUGAAACGAUAUGUGGCUGCUUUCAGGGCCCUCAGACAGAUGAAGGAGUUCAGCUGCAGAUAAUAAAGGCUUUACUUACUGCAGUAACAUCACAACACAUAGAAAUUCAUGAAGGGACUGUACUGCAAGCUGUGAGAACAUGUUACAAUAUCUACUUAGCAAGCAAAAAUCUCAUCAAUCAGACAACAGCCAAAGCUACUCUCACUCAGAUGCUAAAUGUUAUCUUUGCACGCAUGGAAAACCAAGCAUUACAGGAAGCAAAACAAAUGGAAAAAGAAAGGCAUCGGCAGCAGCAGCAUCUGUUACAGUCUCCAGUAAGCCAUCAUGAGCCUGAAUCACCUCAACUUAGAUAUUUGCCACCUCAGACUGUUGAUCACAUAUCCCAAGAACACGAAGGGGACCUUGACCUCCAUACAAAUGAUGUAGAUAAAAGUCUUCAGGAUGACACAGAGCCUGAAAAUGGAUCUGAUAUUUCCAGUGCAGAAAAUGAACAGACUGAAGCUGAUCAGGCAACUGCAGCUGAAACAUUAUCUAAAAAUGACAUGUUAUAUGAUGGAGAAAACCAUGAUUGUGAGGAAAAGCCACAAGACAUUGUACAGAACAUUGUAGAAGAAAUGGUGAACAUUGUUGUUGGAGAUAUGGGAGAAGGGACUGCUAUAAAUGCAAGCGCAGAUGGCAACAUUGGAACGAUAGAGGAUGGUAGUGACAGUGAAAAUAUUCAAGCAAAUGGAAUUCCAGGAACACCAAUUUCUGUUGCAUAUACACCAUCCUUACCUGAUGAUAGAUUGUCAGUCUCUUCCAAUGAUACUCAGGAAUCUGGAAAUUCUUCAGGACCUUCACCUGGUGCUAAGUUUUCCCACAUUUUACAAAAGGAUGCCUUUCUAGUAUUCAGGUCAUUGUGUAAACUGUCAAUGAAACCACUGUCAGAUGGACCGCCAGAUCCAAAGUCUCAUGAACUACGAUCCAAGAUUCUUUCAUUGCAGUUACUUCUAUCCAUUCUGCAGAAUGCAGGACCUGUUUUCAGGACAAAUGAGAUGUUUAUUAAUGCUAUUAAGCAGUAUCUUUGUGUUGCACUCUCAAAAAAUGGAGUCUCUUCUGUUCCAGAGGUUUUCGAGCUUUCUCUUUCUAUAUUUCUUACUUUGUUGUCAAAUUUCAAAACACAUCUGAAGAUGCAAAUUGAGGUGUUCUUUAAAGAAAUUUUCUUAUACAUUUUGGAAACUUCUACCAGCUCAUUUGAUCACAAAUGGAUGGUUAUUCAAACGCUGACAAGGAUUUGUGCAGAUGCUCAGAGUGUAGUGGAUAUUUAUGUAAACUAUGACUGUGACUUAAAUGCAGCCAAUAUAUUUGAAAGACUAGUAAAUGAUCUAUCAAAAAUUGCUCAAGGAAGGGGCAGUCAAGAACUUGGUAUGAGUAAUGUUCAGGAAUUGAGCCUGAGGAAAAAAGGUUUAGAAUGCUUAGUGUCGAUUUUGAAGUGUAUGGUUGAAUGGAGUAAGGAUCAGUAUGUGAAUCCCAACUCUCAGACAACUCUUGGUCAGGAAAAACCCUCAGAGCAAGAGAUGAGUGAAAUCAAACACCCUGAGACAAUAAACAGAUAUGGAAGUUUAAAUUCCCUGGAGUCAACAUCAUCCUCAGGAAUAGGCAGCUACAGUACACAGAUGUCUGGCACCGAUAAUCCAGAACAAUUUGAGGUCCUAAAGCAACAAAAAGAAAUAAUAGAACAAGGGAUAGAUUUAUUUAAUAAGAAACCAAAGAGAGGAAUACAGUACCUCCAAGAACAAGGGAUGCUUGGCACCACACCUGAAGAUAUUGCCCAAUUCUUACAUCAAGAGGAAAGAUUAGACUCUACUCAAGUGGGUGAGUUCCUGGGAGAUAAUGAUAAAUUUAACAAAGAAGUCAUGUAUGCAUAUGUGGACCAACAUGACUUUUCAGGAAAAGACUUCGUUUCAGCCCUUCGUAUGUUUCUAGAAGGAUUUCGUCUUCCAGGGGAAGCCCAGAAAAUCGAUCGAUUAAUGGAAAAAUUUGCUGCAAGAUACCUAGAAUGCAACCAAGGACAAACUCUGUUUGCUAGUGCGGAUACUGCUUAUGUUUUGGCUUAUUCAAUUAUCAUGUUGACCACAGACCUUCACAGUCCACAGGUGAAAAAUAAAAUGACAAAGGAACAGUACAUUAAGAUGAAUAGAGGUAUCAAUGACAGUAAAGACCUUCCUGAAGAGUAUCUAUCAGCCAUCUAUAAUGAAAUAGCUGGGAAAAAGAUAUCAAUGAAAGAAACAAAAGAACUAACAAUCCCUACAAAAUCAAGUAAACAAAAUGUAGCCAGUGAAAAACAAAGGAGACUUCUGUAUAACUUAGAAAUGGAGCAGAUGGCCAAGACAGCUAAAGCACUCAUGGAGGCCGUGAGCCAUGUUCAGGCACCUUUUACAAGUGCAACACAUUUGGAGCAUGUGAGGCCCAUGUUUAAGUUGGCUUGGACACCUUUUCUGGCUGCAUUCAGUGUGGGUCUACAAGAUUGUGAUGAUACUGAAGUAGCCUCUCUUUGCCUGGAAGGUAUAAGAUGUGCAAUCAGAAUAGCAUGCAUUUUCAGCAUUCAGCUGGAGAGAGAUGCAUAUGUCCAGGCACUGGCAAGAUUUACCUUACUCACAGUGAGUUCCGGUAUUACUGAAAUGAAACAGAAGAACAUUGACACAAUAAAAACACUUAUCACAGUGGCUCAUACAGAUGGAAAUUAUUUAGGAAAUUCAUGGCAUGAGAUUCUGAAGUGCAUCAGUCAGUUGGAGCUGGCACAGCUUAUAGGAACUGGAGUGAAACCUCGAUACAUUUCUGGAACAGUGCGAGGCAGAGAAGGAUCUCUUACUGGAACAAAAGAUCAGGCUCCUGAUGAAUUUGUGGGUUUAGGGCUAGUUGGAGGAAAUGUGGACUGGAAACAGAUAGCAAGUAUUCAGGAAUCCAUUGGAGAAACCAGUUCUCAGAGUGUUGUUGUUGCUGUAGAUAGAAUAUUCACAGGAUCUACAAGGCUAGAUGGAAAUGCUAUUGUGGAUUUUGUCCGUUGGCUCUGUGCUGUGUCUAUGGAUGAAUUGCUUUCCACGACACACCCAAGAAUGUUUAGUCUACAAAAAAUAGUAGAAAUAUCAUAUUACAACAUGGGAAGAAUAAGAUUGCAGUGGUCUCGAAUUUGGGAAGUUAUUGGAGAUCAUUUUAAUAAGGUUGGGUGUAAUCCUAAUGAAGAUGUAGCUAUUUUUGCAGUAGACUCCUUGAGGCAGUUGUCAAUGAAGUUCUUAGAGAAAGGGGAGCUUGCUAAUUUCAGAUUCCAGAAGGAUUUCUUAAGACCUUUUGAACAUAUAAUGAAACGGAACAGGUCUCCAACAAUUCGAGAUAUGGUUGUACGGUGUAUAGCACAGAUGGUUAAUUCUCAAGCUGCUAACAUUCGAUCUGGAUGGAAGAACAUUUUCUCUGUAUUUCAUCUAGCUGCAUCUGAUCAAGAUGAAAGCAUAGUGGAACUUGCAUUCCAAACAACCGGGCACAUUGUCACCCUUGUAUUUGAAAAACACUUUCCAGCGACCAUUGAUUCUUUCCAGGAUGCCGUGAAGUGUUUGUCUGAAUUUGCGUGCAAUGCAGCUUUCCCAGACACAAGUAUGGAAGCAAUUCGACUUAUUCGCCAUUGUGCAAAAUAUGUGUCUGAUAGACCUCAGGCUUUCAAGGAAUACACAAGUGAUGAUAUGAAUGUGGCACCUGAAGACAGGGUGUGGGUGAGAGGAUGGUUCCCAAUUCUCUUUGAGUUAUCCUGUAUCAUCAAUAGAUGCAAAUUAGAUGUAAGAACCAGGGGUUUAACAGUAAUGUUUGAAAUAAUGAAAACAUAUGGCCACACUUAUGAGAAACACUGGUGGCAGGAUUUAUUUAGAAUUGUUUUCAGAAUCUUUGACAAUAUGAAAUUGCCAGAACAACAGACAGAGAAAGCUGAAUGGAUGACAACAACUUGCAAUCAUGCACUUUAUGCAAUCUGUGAUGUAUUCACUCAGUAUUUAGAAGUACUCAGUGAUGUACUUUUGGAUGAUAUCUUUGCUCAGCUCUACUGGUGUGUGCAGCAAGACAAUGAGCAGUUAGCACGAUCUGGUACAAACUGUUUAGAGAAUGUUGUUAUUCUGAAUGGUGAAAAAUUUACCCUAGAAAUCUGGGAUAAAACUUGCAACUGCACACUGGAUAUCUUCAAAACCACAAUCCCACAUGCGCUCUUGACCUGGCGGCCCACUUCUGGAGAAACUGCCCCCCGACCUCCAUCUCCUGUAAGUGAAAGGCCAUUGGAUACAGUAUCACAGAAGUCUGUAGAUAUUCAUGAUUCUUUUCAACCAAGGUCUGUGGAUAACAGACCGCAAGCACCACUGGUUUCUGCCUCUGCUGUUAAUGAAGAAGUCAGCAAAAUUAAAUCUACAGCAAAAUUUCCAGAACAAAAAUUGUUUGCUGCCCUGUUGAUUAAAUGUGUUGUGCAGCUGGAACUCAUCCAGACUAUCGACAACAUUGUCUUCUUCCCAGCCACAAGUAAGAAAGAAGAUGCGGAAAACUUAGCUGCAGCGCAGAGAGAUGCGGUGGACUUUGAUGUUCGAGUUGAUACGCAAGACCAAGGAAUGUACCGCUUUUUAACAUCACAACAACUUUUUAAGCUACUGGACUGCUUAUUAGAGUCACAUAGAUUUGCGAAAGCAUUUAAUUCCAACAACGAACAGAGGACUGCCCUGUGGAAAGCAGGAUUCAAAGGCAAAUCCAAGCCCAACCUUCUGAAGCAGGAGACCAGCAGCCUGGCCUGUGGGCUGCGCAUUCUCUUCCGGAUGUACAUGGAUGAGAGCCGCGUUAGUGCCUGGGAAGAGGUCCAGCAGAGGCUUUUGAAUGUCUGCAGUGAGGCGCUAAGUUACUUCCUCACUCUAACAUCAGAAAGUCAUCGGGAAGCCUGGACUAACUUACUGCUUUUGUUUCUAACUAAAGUUCUAAAGAUAAGCGAUAAUAGGUUUAAAGCUCAUGCAUCAUUCUACUACCCUCUCUUAUGUGAAAUUAUGCAAUUUGACUUGAUUCCUGAACUUCGUGCUGUUCUUAGAAGAUUUUUUCUGCGAAUCGGAGUAGUUUUUCAAAUAUCACAACCACCUGAACAGGAACCUGGAAUAAACAAGCAAUGAUGGGAACUUAAUAUUUUUGUUGGCGUUUACAUCCCUCCGCUCUUUAAAAGGAAGCUGGAGCUGAGGUUUCCUGCCUGAAAAAUGAUUUCUCCAGAUUGCAGUGUCUGAGAGUUACUGGUAAAGAUGCCUAGAACUCUUAUUCAAAUUUGCAACACUCCAGUCCCUUUUAGUACGGGCAGAUUUUGUGUGUUAUGUUGGCCUCAUGUUGAGCAGAAAGCCUGUUUAAACAGUGUCAGCUCAUGCUCACGGGUCCUUCCCUGUCUUCCACGGCAGGAAAAGCCCCACAUGUUUUUGGCAGGUGUGGAAGUGAAACUUACCCAAAGAACUAUAGAUGUAAAGAUUGAACUUCUACAAGAAGUACAACUCAGGAGAGCUGUAUUUUGAAGGAUAAAAUGUUUAUAAUUGGGGAGUGGGGAGAGAAGAAGAAAUUAUUGUUCAUGGUAAAAGAUAUUUAGCAACUAUGGUAUUCUUAUUCUGAAGAUUUUUGCACACUCAGGCUAUCUGAGAUACUGGUAAUCAUCCUGUGAAAAAUGUACAGAGAUGCAGGUCUGUAAUAUAAAAAUCUUAAAACAUUAUAUAGUUCUUCCUGCACUGUUUUCUUUCUUUAUUUUCUUAUUCAUUUGCUAAAUACCCAUAAUAUUUUGUCAAAUGCACUAAACAUUUGGGUGGAACUUUUUUUAUUUUGUGGGGAUUUUUAGUUUGGCCCUUUUUGGUGGGUGGUGAUUUUGAGGCUUUAACAUGCCCAGAAGCUGUUGUGGCCAACACUUCAACAACAGGGAAAAAAGGUAGAAAAUAUCCCUACUGACAGUAACUACCUGUCACAUAUUUCUCUUAGGGCUUUUAAAGAUGAGCCAUUAAAAUAGAAUGAUCCUUUAUGGACCAAAACUUGAAUCACUGCAAAAUGAAUCCAGAUUGCUGUCAUUUUCUUUUCUUUUGGGUGGUGGGGCUUGAUGUAGAUUUUAUUCUAUGUACAGAAUUUAAUGUUGAAUAUAUUAAAAUAACAAAUCUGGCAUGGUUUGCGGAGGUUAGAUUUACUGGAAAUGUACUCAUACUGUGAAUUGUGCUCUGAUGGUUAAAAGACAAGAUUGUCAAGCAUUCCGUAUUAACAGUGGAUGUAGAAAAUUUUUUCAGACAGAUAAAAUGUAUAUGGUACAGAUGUAAAGUUUUCUAUGUAAAAAAUUCUGUACAACUUUCUGUACAAUAUUGAUUCUCAUCUGGCAUAUUCUAAUCAGGUUAUAGGUCAAUAAAGUUUUUGAAAUAUUUCAUCAGUG